GCUUGAAGGGAGCCUCCCGAGGCCGAAUUUCAGCGGCUCUCCCUCUUUCUGAUGUGUCGUCGGCAUCUCGCCGUAGAGGAUAAGGUUGACUGAGUUCUUGGGGGAAGCGCGAAGAUUAGAUGCGCCCAGGAGAAAGGAGUGACCGCACUUGUCAGAGUCAAAUUAAUACAUUCUCCCCUUCAUCGGCUACUUGCUGCUCUGCACGCAGGACUUGGCUGUUGAAAGAAUACGAGCAAAGUUGGCUUGAUUCCCAAGGCUCUGAUUGCGGCAUUGUUACUUGGUGAAGCAGUAUGAGAAGUUUGCGACCAGUUCUGCAGUGAGCAACCAGCUAUUGCCAAAGAAGAUGCCUCUGGAUUUCAGGAACGUAUGUGUCCUUCUGCCAGACAGAGACCAGCUCAGUUUGACUGUCGGGGUAAAAGCCACAGGACAGGAACUCUUUGACCAAGUUUGUGAUGUACUGAAAAUUAAAGACCCUCACUUCUUUGGCAUCAGUGUUGUAAAAAAUAACGAAUAUGUAUUUAUUGAUCUGGAACAGAAGCUUUGUAAAUAUUUCCUAAAGGAGUGGAAGAAAGAAGGAAGCAGAGGAACAGAAAAGUUCAUCCCUCCUUUGGUUGCGUUCUUCAGAGUACAGUAUUAUGUAGAAAACGGGCGAGUCAUAAGUGACAAGGUGGCCCGGCAUUAUUAUUACCGUCAUCUGAGGGAACAAGUAUUGAAGUCACGAUGCACCAACAAAGAAGAAAUUUACUUCCUAUUGGCUGCUUAUGGUAUGCAGGUUGACCUGGGUGACUACAAAGACAACUUCCAUAGAGGGAACUAUUUUGAACCUCAGACGUAUUUCCCUCAAUGGAUAAUUGCCAAACGAGGGAGUGAUUACAUCCUGAAGCAUGCACCAGAGGUGCACCGAGAACAGAAAGGGCUGUCAACCAGAGAAGCAACUCUGAAGUACGUCAAGGAGUCGUGCCUGCUGGAAGACGUCCCUGUCCACUUCUACAGAUUGCAAAAGGAUAAGAAGGAAGAUCGCCCUACAAUCAUCCUUGGUUUGACGCUUAAAGGGAUACACAUCUAUCAGGAAGUAAACCAUGUUCGCCAACUGCUUUAUGAUUUCCCCUGGUCAUAUAUUGGAAAAGUUGCAUUUUUGGGGAAAAAAUUUGUGAUCCAGCCUGAUGGUUUGCCUUCUGCCCGUAAGUUGGUUUACUAUACAGGCUGCCCCUUCCGAUCUAGGCAUUUACUACAGCUGCUCAGCAACAGUCACCGGUUGUUUCUUAACAUCCAGCCCAUACUCAAACAGAUCCAGAUGCUGGAAGAUGCAGAAGAGAAGAAGAGGUAUCGGGAAUCCUACAUCAGUGAUACUUUGGAGAUAGAUCUUGAUCCAUCAGAUAAGCAUUCGCAUGACAGUGGAAGCAGCAGAGGAAGUGAGAUUAACAACCGCCUAUCCCGACAGUCUACUGACAGCCAUGGCAGUUCACACACCUCUGGCAUCGAGGCCGACUCAAGACAACAGAUGUCCUUGGAGAUGUCCGUGGACGAACCCUUUGGGAUGGAUCCAGUUCAUCAGAAGGAGCAGUCCUGCAGUUCAAACAUCAGUUAUAGUAGCUCUGGAAUUGAUAGCAGCAGCAAAGAGAAAGCAGAAAAUGACUUGCAGGAUGAUGAGGUGGAAUUGUUAGUGGAUGAGCCAGACAGUGUACUCAUGGAUGAACCUCAUUUUGAAGAAGUGAUCCAUGGGCAGUCUAUUGAUUCUCAGUCAAAAGAUGUUUGGUGCCAAGAUAUUAAUAAGAAUCCUCUAUCUGUAGUGCAUGUCACCUUAAUAAAGGUCAAAGGCCAGAGUGUGGACUCGCUUAAUCAGAUUGCCCAGCCCAAAGCAGCAAACUGCCCAGAGCAGCACAGCCAAAGUCUAGAUGACGUCCGUCUCCGCAAAUGUCUUCAUCCGCCGCUGAGUGCCACGUUGACUUCAGAUACCUCCCACAGCUAUACAUUUGGUUGUGCCUUAGAGGAUAAGCCAGCCAGCUAUGGAUGUGUGUAUUCAACAGCCGACUGUAAAACUAAGUCAGCCCUCUAUGGAAAGAGGUCCAUGAACUGCUUGUCUUUAGAUCUCUUGGGAGAAGAUCAGCUCCCAGAAGAAUUUGUGGUGUAGCCACAUGGGGGAAGCUCUCAGACCACCUGCUCAGAAUCUGCCAAACAACUGAAUUACGAUUGUUGGAAAACAGAUGCCAUGUGAUACAGACACAUAUACGUGCAUAAGUAUCUUUAACACUUUGUAUCUCACUGGAACAUUUUCUCACCAAGAAUGCAGCUGGCAAAUGACCCCAAAUAGUGAAUGUCCAGCCUAAAACACACAAAACUAUUUCCUUCUAGUCUGGUGCAUCAGACACUUUUUCUUCACCUGAUUUCAGUAUGUAUAAUUUUUUUGGGGGGGUGGGGGGACAUGGUUUUCUGAAAGCAGUCCACUGCCAGCAUCAAGACAGAAUAUGCACUGUUUUUAUAAACUGUUUUUUUUAAAUACACAGCUCUUUUUUCAACUUUUUUUUAAUUAUAAACAACCCUAUUUUGCAUAUUUUCAACAUGAAUAAAUCAGUGUAGGUGGGGAAAACUGUUUUCGGUUUUGCUUCUUCUUCUUCUGUUUUCUUGUAUCCUACAUAGGGAGAUGUUCCUGUCUGUCGGGCAGCUCACUCGCAGUCAUCCUUGCAGGGGCUUGAACUGUGUAAUAGAAUAUUACGUGAGAAACGGACAAGAUUAUAGAAAUAAACGUUGCCCCUUUUUUAGAAAUGAUCAGCAGGUCACUGACUAGAAAGUUCUGUACCAUUGGUGUAAGGGCUUCUCAGAGUGGUAUCAACAUUAUCACACCUCUCUGAAGGAUAAUACCGUUCAGUGUACCUUGACAUCUCAUUGAUUUGUAGCUAGAUGCAUUUCAGUGUUUGUAUGGUUAUUAUUCUAGAUGGAAGGAAAGACAUUGUGUUUGGUAAAUCUCUUAACUGUGAAAUGUUGGCUUGUUAAUAAUGCUUGAUUUAUUUCACAAAGGGGAUGUUGCCAUAACUUUUAGGAACAGUGCGAAAGGUUACUACACACUAACAUGUGUUUCUUCUGAGAGACAGUUCAUUGCUCAUUACCUGUAACAUCUGUCUGUGAUGAGCCGAUAACAUAGUGCCAGCAGGUCUGUUUUGAAUCUUUUUUGCAAACGUGAGUUGGGGAAUAGGGCUGAUGGCUGCUGUUUCCUCCCUCAGUGGCCCCUUGUAUUGAUGAUGUGUCAUAAAACCAUCAUUCCAAGGAUGGGAUUGGAAGGGCAAAGGGGCCACUCAUAGGAGUAUCAUGGCAGUAAACCUAUUCUGGAAAAAAAGAUUCUGUCAUCCUCACUUUUCCAAUAUUCCCAUAUGUUUCCAAUCUCCUCCUCAGUUGGCAGAAUUUCUCUCCCCAAAGCAAUAAGUUGACCCUCUCUAAGUUCACCAUUCUAAAGGGCAGAGAAUUGAAGAGAACAUUUCAACCUGUAGGUGUAAACAACGAUGUCACGGAUUCCAUUUAUUAUUUAUUUAUUAUUUAUUAAAUUUAUACGGCUGCCCAACUCACACACACUGGCUUACAGAAUUAAAAACCAUAAACAUACAAUGCAAUCUGUCCCCAUUGCCCCAAAUUUAUUCCCCUUCAGUGCUUUUGAGGGAAUAUAUAAUUUACUGUGAAUCACUACGGGCCACGUUAGAUGAGAGAUGCCCAUCACUCAGAUGGAGGAAGCUGUUCCCCCAAUGCAAAUUAGGGGAGCAACACAUUGAUCAAAAGCCUACCCCACCACCCUAAUCUAUACAUAUACACUUCACAGUCAUGACCCAAACCAGACUCCCCACAUGCAUUCUUUUAAAAACAAAUGACACCUUUCUUAAAUUACACGAUUGCCAUUUCACCACAUUUGCGGCUUUGUUUUGAAUAACGGAAAACGGAUGAUCAAGAGAUAUACGUAACGAUGGUACCAGGCUUGAUUGUUUCAGAAUUUUCCUUUUACCUGUUUCCUUCAAUGUAAACUACCUUCUCUCAGAAGUAUUUGCAUUUUGAUAGAGGAUCUAAGAUGGUCGUUAUAGCAAUGUAGACUGUAUAUUAUUCAAACUUCUCGCACAAGAAGGUUUGUUUAUUCUGACCUGUGUUUUUAUAUUCCAAAAACCAGUAGGGAAGGAAAUUUGAGUUUCACAGCAAUCUUACUUACCUUUUUGCAGACAUUUGAGAAGCAGGAAUGAAGAAACGGUGGUGUUAACAGUUUUUAUUCUCCUGAUUCUCCUUUUAAGACAAUACGAAUAGCAUCAAACUCUGAGCCUCCUCUGCUAUGAAGUUCUCUUGCACAGAGAGAGAUUCUGUGACACACAGCUGAAGCAAUAUCUUAGCUGAACCAGCUGCCCUAAUUAGUAAUUUUUGCGACUAACUUUAUUGUAGCUGCUUGAUUAUGAAAUGAUGCCAACUUCCAUGUCCAUGCAUGAAAAAUCACUUUCUUUUCCUUUACAUACUGCCCCAUUACAAAAGGCUGUAAUAUAUUCACUCUAUCUACUGUAUAAAUAGUAGUGCUAUUACUUUUUUUCUAGUAAGUGAGAAUGGAAAAUCUGCAACAUUUUCAGAUUUUGGCUUGAUUUCCCACAAGAGAUAUGAGAAGGGGAACAUGGCAAAGGAGGAAUACCCAAAGCAUGGCCAAUGUGAAGAUAAGUUCUUGUGGAGAGCCAUGGGAUCCAGUAGUGAGUUUGGCAGAGUUCAGUAUUUGCAGGGCCAUUAUUUAAUCUUUAAUUCUUUUCCACUGAACUCAUAACAUCAUUCCAUUUCUUUGCUGGAUUGUGCCCCCAGAAUCUUAAACAUUUUGGAAAGGAAAUGAGAAUCAGGCUCCACAGAUGCAAAGUCUUAAUGAAAACUCUGAAGCUAUCAUGGAACUUCCUUUUGAUUCUCUUAAACUCAAGAGUUACAACAUGUAUUUCUAAUUUCAGUCUUGAGAUUCUGUUUUAUGUACAUCUUAACUGAUGUAUGGGAUUUCUCUGUUUAAAUGCCUUACAGUUCACAAAAGAUAGAAAACCCAGCUGUCUCAAAUGAAAAAUACUUGUGGUAUCUCCAUUCUUUAUGCCCAAUGUUUCUCCUUUUUAUGAAAGGAAAUGUUUUCUUUAAAAAACACACCAAUAUGUCUGUCUACAUAAUAAAAGAUGCCCAAAAAGUA